CCAUGGCUUCCAGGCUGCUGCUCCGCGUCCUCCAGCGCGCCCUGCCCGGCGGCGGGCGGGCCGCAGCCCCCGCCAGAGCCAUGAGCGCCGGGGGUAUUCCCAGUGAUGAGGAACAGGCAACUGGACUUGAACGGAAAACUCUAGAGGCUAUGAAAAAAGGACAGGAUCCAUAUAGCAUAUUCAAACCCAAGGGAUAUGCAGGAACUAGAGAGGAUCCUCAUAUUGUUCCAUCCGUCAACAAGAAGAGGCUAGUAGGCUGUAUCUGUGAGGAGGACAACUCUGCUGUCAUUUGGUUCUGGCUGCAUGCAGGAGAAAGCCAACGUUGCCCAUCAUGUGGUGCUCACUACAAGCUUGUCCAUCAUGAUGUCCCACAUUGAAAAUCUAUGUUGUUUAACUGAACCAAAGUGGAUUUCACUGUGUCUAAACUGCACAAAUAUGAUGUGCACUUAAAUCUGCAUGCAAAAUAUUUACUACCUUCAUAUUUGGUUUCUAUUGGAUUUCAUUAAAAAUUCCAAUCUUA